CAGCGAUUGAGCCACACGCGCUAUUUUCAAAAUGAACUAAAUAAACUGAAACUUGAGAAACGUCAGAAUCUCUAUUGAUUACGCUCAACCGCCACCGAAACUCCGAUCGGACGCCGAUUUGCUCGUUCCCGGCGAAGAGAGAGAGAUGGAUGAUAGAGGAGGAGAAUCGUUCGUUGCGGUGAGGAGGAUAUCACAAGGUCUGGAACGUGGAAGCGUUUAUCACUCUUCAUCAUCUUCUGAGGUUGUUGCUGGAUCGGCAGCAUGGUUAGGGCGUGGCCUUUCUUGUGUUUGUGUUCAGGGAAGAGAUGGCCACUCUCGUCUUUCCUUUGAUCUUACACCUGCUCAGGAAGAAUGCUUGCGGAGGUUGCAGAGCCGCAUUGAUGUUGCGUAUGACACCUCAAUCCCUCUGCAUCAAGAAGCUCUUAAGGAUCUUUGGAAACUUGCCUUUCCUGAACAAGAGCUACAAGGAAUUGUAUCUGAGCAGUGGAAGGAAAUGGGUUGGCAGGGGAAAGAUCCAUCAACAGAUUUUAGGGGUGGUGGUUUCAUAUCUCUUGAAAACUUGUUGUAUUUCGCUAAGAGAUUCCCGAAAUCCUUUCAGGACCUUCUGCGGAAGCAGGUUGGGGAUCGUUCUGUGUGGGAAUACCCGUUUGCUGUUGCUGGCAUCAAUAUCACGUUCAUGCUUAUCCAGAUGCUUGGCCUUGAAGCAGUGAAACCACGAAGUAUUGUUGGCGAAACAUUUUUGAGAUUCCUUUCUGUGAAUGAAUCUGCAUUUGACAUUCUUUUUUGCAUUGCGUUCAAGCUAAUGGAUCAGCAAUGGCUCUCCAUGCGUGCUUCAUACAUGGAAUUUAACAUGGUAAUGAAAUCAACGAGACGGCAGCUGGAGAGAGAGAUAAUGGUGGAAGACAUAACAGGUGUUGAAGAUAUGCCAUCAUACAGCCUUCUCAGUCAAUAA